AUGCCACCUGUAGAGAAGCGCAUGAGCUUCUUGCCUACACAUACUCACCGGACGCUUCUCGGGUCGUCUUCUGCCGGACUGGGCUCCUGGACUGUGGUCCGGCCGGAGCGCGCGAGCGGCAACAUCUCCGCAGGGCGUCGGAGAUGCACCGCGCCUCCAUCACGGCCGGACUUUGUUCCCGGUCAGGAGGUUCUCAGGUUCACUCCGCGCCCUGUUAACGGUCUCCGGGAGCAUCGCGCGAUGUUCCGGCCUCUUGCUGACACUUCUCACCCGCCGGCCGCCCUCGCGCUACUGCCCGGGCGUGUCACCGGACAACUCUCCCUCUCCGGAGCACCAGCCCGGUCAAAGGUCCGGACACCCAACUGUACCCUGGCAAACGGGCACCCGGGGCGUGACCCGGCGUUACACGCUUUCGCGGGGAGCCCUUCGCGCCGGGCUGGCCCGCGCCGGUGUAGACGGGCCGGAGGACUACGCUCCCUGAUUAAGAGCUUUAACCGGACCGUCCUGAAAGCCCCUGGGUACGUCAAGGCCGGCUUCGGGCGCCGCGCCGGCCCGGACCACUUGAACACCCGCUCGCGCGCUCGCGCCUCCGGCCCGGGACUACUUUUAACCCGCCCUGGCUAAAGACGCCCGGAGCGUCACGCGCCAUCCCGGCCGCGCACCUCCGGCCCGGGCUUCUUCCGCGGUUAAGGCUUUUAACCAGUCCUGGUUAAACAUCACCGGCGCGCCAUUUGAGUUCCCCGCCUCCCGCCGGUGACGCCAUGACUACACUCACAAACAUUGUAUCUAUCUUCAGACAGGUGUAUAUCUCUGUGGGUGUGAGAAUUUUCUAAUUUUGCAUAUCUGAAAUUGACAAAUGUAUAACAAUUAGCUUUACAGAUACUAGGAAAACCCUGAGAACUAAAAGUUUUCAGGUAGAUGUCAUAGUCUCUGACUGCAUACAUCUAUAAUGGA